AUGGAACACUCGCAUUCUAAAGGUUCUGUUUGCCAUGGAAAAGUCUCCAAAGUAAAGCACAUUAAGGAAACCAAGUAAACGUACAAAGUUAAGGUAGAUGGCAAAAAAUAUUUAGCAGCAGCAGCAAAUAAAUCUACAUGGUCUCACUAGGAUAAUGCGAGCAAUUGGUAGCUUAAGCCCAUUGAGAAUUCUCUAUUUAAUUCAGAAGUAUACAAAUGUGAAAGUGUUUGGUAUUUCAAUCCAGAAUGGUUGUUCUAAGGAGUUAAGGCUCGUGCUUAUCAUAUUUAUCUUAGACAUAGCGCUAAGUAAAUUACUUCUCCCAAACUCAAUAUCUUUGAGGUGACUCCAGAUGGAACUUAGUACGAAAGAGGCCAGCUUGAUCCUUUUAUUGAAAAUAACUUCAAUGAAGAAAACGCCGAUAUUUUGAUUAACACUUAUGCAGGCAGUAUGGAUCUAAGAACAAAUGAAGGGCCAGUUACCAUUAAGAUGCAACUAUUUGCAGAUAGUUAAACAAUAGAAAAUUAUCUAAUUGAAGGUGCUAUUCUCAUCCCAACAAAAGAUCUUUAUAAUGCACCUCCUUACUUUUUGCCGUUGAGUAUUGAUAGCAAAGCUCAAGUUGACUGGCAAAGAAAAGCACAAUAAGUUUACUUGGCAAGACAUGAAAAUUUCGUUGCCUAAUUAUUCUUUAAUGCCACGAUGAGGACUGAGGGACAUGGAACAGUCCAUUCUGGACCAGAAAACUUGAUUCAACCAUGUGGGAAAUGGUGCAUUACUGAGAAUCACGUUGGAACUGUAUAUUUUGAUUUGGACGAAGAUAUUAAAUUCAAAUUCUUUGGAAUUGUGUCUGGAAACGACUGUCCUGAAAGAGAUCCCGUUAAAAUAGAAUUAUUGGCAAUCCAUAACGACAGCGAAGAUUAUCAGACUGUUUUCCAAGUUGAAGAUGUAAAGUUUUCUAAGAGAGAGCAAUUUAAAUUCUUCUUAGUUGAUGUAUUUGGAAUUACUUCAAAACGCCUCAAGUUCCGAUUUGAAUCGGAAGAGAAAACAUAUAUUUAUCAAUUCCAGCUUUCAGAAGUAAUAUUCUUUGGCUGA